AUGGUGUCUCAAAUGUCUUUUUGCUUCCCCCAAGCAGUUCCACCUCCCUGCAGACAGAUGCACCAGGAGAAAGAAAAAAGAUGGAGUAACCAAGGACGCGGGCGAGGCAACCUUAAAUCCCACGUGAAAGACGAUGUCAGAGCUGGGCAUCGUGAGGAUGAUACUGUACCCAGGGGCACAUGCCAGACCAUGUGUCCCACAGUGGAGAUGCACAAGCGUGAGUCCCAGAGACGUCUGCAUCGCUUCGAGAUGUUGGUGGGCACGGAGAAAGACCGUAGACCCCGAGCUGACCCUAGGCGUAUCGUCAAGGAGUAUUCCAGACCGGCUGCCGGAAAAGACUCUGCCGGCCCCGCCGACUUGCGUCCACCUACCGUGUUGCUGAAAACUGUGUGUUACCUCAUUGAUGAGGUUGCUGCAGCUCCUCAGCUGCAUCCUUGGACUGAGGUAUAUAGCUUUGUUUUUGAUCGACUGCGCAGCGUGAAACAGGAUAUGAUCAUCCAGAGGGCGAACGGUCCAGACUGCGUGGCCAUUUUGGAGCGGACUGUGCGAUUCCUCAUAUACGCUUCGUAUCGUCUCUGCGGCGAGCCCCUGCGACUCUUUGAUCCCCGCAUCAAUGACACGCACCUCCAAGAGAACCUGAACUGGCUGUUGGAAUGCUACGCGAACGGCAAUGGACCACAUCCAAACCAGGAGGAGUUCCAGGCACUCUGUUUACUCUAUAACUUAGGUUCCCAUCGCGCUAUGCAGCACAUCAUGGAGCUUCCGGCGCCGCUUCGGCACAGCCCCACCCUCACGCUCGCCAUAUCCAUCAACCGUUCCUUCUUGGAGCGCAACCCGGUACGUCUGCUGCGCUUGGCCCACCGCCUGAACUUCCUGCAGGCCUGCGCUUUGCACCGCCACAUGACGGCAAGCCGUAAGGACCUGCUGCUCAUAUACAGCCACGGCUACAGCAGCCGAAAUUGUCGCUUCCCAUUGGACGCACUGUCUAAACUCCUUGCCUUGGAGGAAAGUUUGACGAGCACGCUUUGUCAGGUGUGUGGCGUGGAGGUCAACACUGACCAGCAGGUGGUGUUCUCCAAGGGUGCCUUUGCUGAACCAGAACAAGGGAAACUGUGUUGCUCUUUUUAUCACAAUAUUGUGUCCGAGAAGCAAAAAGUCCUCGCCCUGAGUAACCUCCUUCAUGGGUGCAUUUGA